AUGCAUGAGUUCUUCCUGACCGCCGUCAUCAAAGAUGGCGAUUUUGAGAUGGCGAGAGCAGUCAUGCAGGGGUUUUGCGCGAUGAACGCCUGGCAGAGUGUUCACCGAGUGCUCUUCUUCACGGGCCCUCCGCAGCCGCGCGGCCUACCUGUUGAAGCUGCUAUCCAGAAAACGCCUCAGACAGAGCCUCUAUGGAGGCAACUCAAACAAGUCCUUUCACGUCAGUCGUUUGUGCUACAGGCGCGCUACGAGGUCUUCAAGGACAAGCACUUUGGUCCUGAUGCGCCGGCUGGCGCUCUUGACUUGAACAUUGUGCCAGGUAUUCUUCGCUGGACGGAUAUCCCUGACCCCAUUGGCGAUCGACCAGUAACUCAGCGUAAGAAGAUUGAGAUCUCUGAUCAGCGCAAUCUAGUGAGAAUAUUGUCAGAGAACCAACACAGACUGAAAAAUGAAGCUAUCGAAGAAUCCCAGAGCUACUUUCGCGAUAACAUCGAGUUCAACUUUGUCCGCUAUUACUAUCUCCCGCCACCUGCAACGGCGGAGCAGCCAUCACAGCCACGGCCCUUACUCCCGCCAUGGGAGGAACUGAACCUCACAGAUCCAGCAGGCAAGUGGCUGCUCUUUGUCAAGGUGCAUGUGACGGAUGACAACUCCCCAGAGAAGAUGCAAAAGGCGCAGGAGCAGCUGAUGGUCAUUCGGGAGGAGCUACUGGGUGUCUUCGACUUCAAGGUCAUUGAUCGGCGAGCGCAUGACACCCGUGUGGCUCAGCAGGGAAACAACAUGCCGAUUCCCCUCCCGGAUAAGGUCUCUGUAGGAGGUCGGCACUAG